AUGCCUUUCGUCAUACUGGGAGAUCCCGUCCGAGGUACUAGGAGCUUUGUUGGAAUCAGGGAGAAGUCGAAGCAUGGGUGCCUCAAGGAUACUACAGGGUUUAGCUACGGUGGGAAGUCAGGAGGGCUACUUAGCCAAUGGGCCGACUGCACUGGUCACCCGGACGUGUUCGACAAGUCGGGUGACCAGUUUGACGAGAUGGCCGUCCUUGCUGUCUACUUCUCCGUCCAGCUGUCUCACGCCACUGUUCCAUUUUUCGACAAGACGAUCGUCCUAGCUGCUCGUGGGUGCAACAAUUGCACCUGUGACCCUGACCAAAGGGGGCAGGACGUACGAGAUAUCUACGGCCGCAUGUGGUUCAAGCGCAACGGCGACUUCCUUGAGGUGAUGGACGAGGACAGCCAGGAGCUGCAUGAGUUCUCGGUGACACUGUUUGAUAAGGACAGUAAUACCCACGGGUUGCUCUGGGGUACGGGUACGGGUACAGGUUGGGAUUUUUGA